CCAGCGCGACGUCGCAAGAUGACUGCGGGCCGACGCCACGGCAUCGCCGCCUCGUCUGCGUCUGCGAGCGUCGCGACGUCCCACCCGGCAAGCGGACUGCCUCUGCGCCCCUUGUGUAGCGAGCUGCACGGCGACUCGAACGUUUAGGAACGAUGCCCGCUACCGUGUGUCCAUUCUGCCUUGCCUUCUUCGCCACCGGCGUCGGCUAAGUGAGCUGAACACUUUUUUUUUUACUUUUUUUUUCGUUGGUACUUGACGUGUGACACAUCAGGAGCGAGGUAAAUACUUUCUCUGCGCAAUUUUCAUACAAAACCGCUAACGUACCAUCCAAAAAAGGGUAAAUUUACGCACUUUACAUAUUUUGUACUAUAAAAUAUAUAAAUAUAAAUAUAUAUAUAUAUAUAUAUGUAUACAUCUAUAAAUUUGUGAAAUAUUAGUAUCGGUGUUUAAUAUAUCGUUGUGGUAAAUGUUUCAAAUUUUGUGUGAUAUAUUCUUCGUGAGAAAACGUACAAGAUAUACUUCUCUAUUUUUCCGCAUAAACGUCAGAUCGGUGACCUAAGCUCCGUUAGGUGCAGUUCACAAAAGGACUAGCGGAGCUACUUUUUGGAGUUCAGAGGGUCACUUGUGUCUAUUUUUAAAGAGGGGAAAAAAUAAAGUAUUUAUUUGACGUCGUAGUGCCUAGAGAAUUUGUGUCCAGAAUAUUUUGUUAAGAGGUUUACUGCCAAAGUAGACGUCGUCUCGCGACUAUAUUUUUCGGAGACCGACCCGACAGGAGACGCGUUUCCGACGUAGUGAGAAGGGGGAACUCGGUAGUCCCCCCCAGGAGAUGGCUUCACCGCAGGGCCGCAAGUCACUGCUGUCGCUCGGCAACUGGACGAACUUCAUGGGCAGGGACGGCCACAACAACAACAACAACAACAACAACAACAGCAACCACCACCAGCACCACGGCGUCAACAACAACAACAACGGCGGCGGCGGCGUGCGCAACGAGCGCAGCGGCAGCUCGUCCAGCCGUGACUUCUGGAGCCGCGUGUCGCAGCAGAUGUCCUACAUCGACGGCAGCACGCGCAGCAACUCCAUCCUGAGCACGGGCAGCGGCUACCAGCCGCAGGCGCUGCCGCCGCCGCCGCUCCCGCACGCCCACCCCGCCGGCGCGCCGCACCACCAGCAACAGUCGUACGGUGGGGGCAGCACGACGAGUGGAGGCUGCUCGCCGCCCGAGUCGCGCGCCGGGGGCUCCAUCUACGAGAACUACUACCAGUACGCGGACAUCGAGGACGAGGAGGAAGAGGAGGAGGAGGAGGAGGACGCGGUGGGCGGGCGCAGCGAGGAGGCGCUCGAGCUGCAGCCGCUGAGCCGCGCCGCCACCUGCGCCUCGCACCACCAGCAGCACCAGCGGCCGCGGCCCGGCCGCCUGCGCAGGGUGCCCACCGUACUCAGCGCCACAGACCGCCGCCGCUCCACGCUAGAAUACUACAAAUGGAAACUGGGACUCUCAAGGAACUCGUUCUGCACGGCGUUCGUAGACGGAGAGCGCGUUCUCACGCAGGCGCCGCCGCGCAAGGCGAGCAGCUGGGAGGAGGGGGCGGCGCUGCAGCGGCGGCGCUCUGUCAUGCUGAUGACGGCCGCUGCGGGCGCUGCCAGCGCGGCGUCCGGCGUCAACAACUCCAACCCGGGCGUCGCGGCGGCGCUGCUCGCCGCCGGCGUCGACCCCAUAGACAAGCGCGACCUGCGCUACUACUUCCAGCACCCCUACCCGCGCCUCUUCGUCACUUACUUCGUCAUCUUCUGCAACUUUCUCAUCUUCGCCGAGGACCCCAUUUCUCAUAGCCACACUGAGUCGACUAUCCCUAUCGUGGGCAACGUGUUCAGCUUCGUGUUGACCAAGUAUCCACCGGAGUGGCGAUGGUCGCUCAUCAAGGUGCUGAUGUGGCUGCUGGCCAUCCUGUGCGGCAUGAUAGUCGGCAAGCUGCUCAUCCACGGCUACCUGUGCGGCAGCCUGCUCCGCCUCAAGAUGUUCCGCGACGACCAGGGCUCCUGGAUGACGAUGUUCCUGACGGUGAUCGUGUCGCUGUACGUGUUCUCGCACGGCUACAACCUGCUGCUGGCGCUCUGGUACGACAACUGCCUGCUGCACAUCAACAGUGACAUGGGCGUCACCAACGCCAGCGUGAUGAAGGCGGCGGCGUGCGGCACGUGGCUGGGCGACCUGAUCACGGCGCUGAUGGUGACGGACAUGAUGCUGCAGGACAACCUGUACCCGCAGUGGGCGCGGCGCGCGCGCGCCGUCUGGCGCCGCUCCAACGUGCCGCGCAUCCUGCUCUUCUGGGUCGGCUCCGUCGUCGCCACCGCCGUCGUCGUCACGCUCAUCGUCAGCGACUGGAUCAGCUGGGACCACCUCAACCAAGACUUCCUCUCCACCACCGAGCUUUCGCGUGCAUUUCUGGCGUCUUUCAUCCUAGUCAUGGACUUACUGAUUGUCAUGCAAGACUGGGACUUCCCACAUUUCACAACAACAUUGCACGUCAACCUUCCGGGUUUCAGUGUAGCUACACUGCAGUGGAAGUACGCCGAAGUAGACAUAACAGGAAAAUGGUUCAACUAUGGCAUAAUUUUUCUUGUCAUGUUGCUGGACCUGAAUAUGUGGAAAAACCAAAUAUUUUAUGAUCCAAAGGACUUUGGCCAGUACACAGGACCUGAUGACAAAGUACGCACAGUGAAUGAACCAGAAAUAUUAUCAACAGGCAACAGUUCACUCUGGACAUGGGAGUAUAGGUCUCAAAUCAAUCCACAAACUGGUCUUCCGUUUUAUGAAGAGGACAUGCAGAUGAAUUCACGAUAUAUGAACUACCCCUUGUCAGUGAAGUGGACUGCAUUUAUACCAUCAGGAAUUGGUUUAAUACUGUUUGUUUCUCUCGUGUCUCUUUAUGGAAGAUUCCCAUCAAACCAGGAUCCUGUUGGGGCCAUGUUUCGAAGUCUAACCACGCUUCGGCAAGGAUUUACCCUUCAGGGCAUUGGGGUUCAUACAUUGUUGGAGCGUUCACGGGUGGAGCAGCACAAGGAUCCUGGCUUCCGGUAACCUCUGCUCUGUUGGUUGUGGAACAGUAAACAUUGCAACACUAGAUGAAUCUCUUUUUGUAUAUAAAUGUGUUGCAAACUCUUUAAUUUCUUUGUGUAGAAGCUUGUUUUUAAAAAUAGUUUGAUUGUUAUAUUUUUAUACAUGGAUUGUAUAUCAAUAUAAAUGGAAAUAUUGAUGAUGCUCCUCUAAUUUGUAAAGAAUUGAUGUACUGUCACUCUGUAUCGUACCUCUUCUUCUCUGGUGUAAAACAUGAACAUUAAAUUGCAUCCUCUACAUUAAAGCAAAUGGAUU